CCCAAUUCCCCCACCAUGUCCACCCCCUCCCCCCGCCCCUACCGCCACCACAAAACCCUAACCGGCCACUCCCUCGCCAUCUCCUGCGUCAAAUUCUCCCCCACCGGCAAGCUCCUCGCCUCCUCCUCUCUCGACAAGACCCUCAUCAUCUUCUCUCUCCAAUCUCUCUCCCCUCUCUCCACUCUCUCCGGCCACUCCGCCGGCAUCUCCGACCUGGCCUGGUCCUCCGACUCCCACUACAUAUGCUCCGCCUCCGACGACUCCACUCUCCGCAUCUGGGACGCCCUCCUCUUCGACUGCGUGAAAACCCUCCGUGGCCACUCUAAUUACGUCUUUUGUGUUAAUUUUAGCCCCCGCAGCGAUAUGAUCGUGUCCGGGUCCUUCGAUGAGACUGUCAGAGUGUGGGACGCGAAGACGGGGAAAGUGGUGCACGUGAUCCAGGCGCAUUCGAUGCCCGUGACCUCGGUGGGGUAUAAUAGGGAUGGGAGCUUGAUUGUUUCGGGGAGUCAUGAUGGGAGUUGUAAGAUUUGGGAUAAUGAGAGUGGGAAAUGUGUCAAGGUUUUGAUUGAUGAUAAGACACCUGCGGUGUCGUUUGCUAAGUUUUCCCCUAAUGGGAAGUUUAUACUCGUGGCCACGUUGGACGAUACUUUGAAGCUAUGGAAUCAUCAAACGGGGAAGUUUUUGAAGAUUUACACGGGUCAUCUGAACAGAACAUACUGUAUAACACCCACCUUUUCAGUGACGAACGGCACAUGCAUUGUCAGCGGAUCAGAGGAUAAGUGUGUCUACAUAUGGGAUCUGCAGGGAAAAUCUGUGAUUCAAAAGCUCGAAGGCCAUACUGAUACUGUGGUUUCUGUGAGUUGCCAUCCUACUGAAAAUAUGAUUGCUUCCGCAGGUCUUGAUCUGGAUAGGACAAUCAGGAUAUGGGUUCAAGAUUGACUAAAGAUAAAUUAUACCAAAUCGGUGAACCUUUUCUUGAUCUCUGUACUUCAAUUCUCAUCGUUAUUUCUCUACUAGCCAAAGAUGUGUAUUUUAUGCUUGAGCAUCCGUAACUAUAGUGACAUGUGAAGCAAACAUUAUGUAUUGUGGUUAUAAUGAAGUGAUGAUGCAAUGGUGGCAAUGAUGCAGGCUUUGUCAAUAUGCAUCAUGGUUGUUCAUAUUUUUCUUAGGUGAAGUCAUAUUUUCAAGUGAA